CUCUCUCUGGGUCGCCGCCAUCUUGUCAUUGAGUUGGAUACUUCGUGUGGUGAGCUUUAACCUUGUCGUAGCACCGGUUGUCGCCACCGAGGCGGACUGGCAGCCCUGAGCGUCGCAGUCAUGCAGGCCGGACCCGUGCAGGCGGUGCCCCCGCCGCCGCCUGUAGCCACUGAGUCCAAACAGCCAAUUGAAGAAGAAGCAUCGUCAAAGGAGGAUCCCACCCCGUCCAAGCCAGUGGUCGGCAUUAUUUACCCGCCUCCGGAGGUCAGGAACAUCGUCGACAAGACUGCCAGUUUUGUGGCCAGAAAUGGGCCUGAAUUUGAAGCUAGGAUUCGACAGAAUGAGAUCAACAAUCCCAAGUUCAAUUUCUUAAAUCCCAAUGACCCUUACCAUGCCUACUACCGCCACAAGGUCAGCGAGUUCAAGGAGGGGAAGGCUCAGGAGCCCUCAGCUGCCAUCCCCAAGGUUAUGCAGCAGCAGCAGCAAGCUACGCAACAGCAGCUGCCCCAGAAGGUCCAAGCCCAGGUGAUCCAAGAGACCAUAGUGCCGAAGGAGCCCCCUCCUGAGUUUGAGUUCAUCGCUGAUCCCCCCUCCAUCUCAGCCUUCGAUCUGGAUGUAGUGAAGCUGACAGCUCAGUUUGUGGCCAGGAAUGGGCGCCAGUUUCUGACCCAGCUGAUGCAGAAAGAGCAGCGCAACUACCAGUUUGACUUUCUCCGACCCCAGCACAGCCUCUUCAACUACUUCACAAAGCUGGUGGAGCAGUAUACCAAGAUCUUGAUUCCACCCAAAGGCUUAUUUUCAAAGCUCAAGAAAGAGGCUGAAAAUCCUCGAGAAGUUUUGGACCAGGUUUGUUACCGAGUAGAAUGGGCCAAAUUUCAGGAACGUGAGAGGAAGAAGGAAGAAGAAGAGAAAGAGAAGGAGCGAGUAGCUUAUGCUCAGAUUGACUGGCAUGAUUUUGUGGUGGUGGAGACAGUGGAUUUUCAACCCAAUGAGCAAGGAAACUUCCCACCACCAACAACACCAGAGGAGCUGGGAGCUCGGAUCCUCAUUCAGGAGCGCUACGAGAAGUUUGGGGAGAGCGAGGAAGUGGAGAUGGAGGUUGAGUCAGAUGAGGAAGAUCAGGAGAAGGCCGAGGAGACUCCUUCCCAGCUGGACCAGGAUACCCAAGUACAGGACAUGGAUGAGGGUUCAGACGAUGAAGAAGAAGGGCAGAAAGUGCCUCCACCCCCAGAGACACCCAUGCCUCCACCUCUGCCCCCAACACCAGACCAAGUCAUUGUGCGGAAGGACUAUGAUCCCAAAGCUUCCAAGCCCCUUCCUCCAGCCCCUGCUCCUGAUGAGUAUCUUGUAUCCCCCAUCACUGGGGAGAAGAUUCCUGCCAGCAAAAUGCAAGAGCACAUGCGCAUUGGGCUUCUUGACCCCCGCUGGCUGGAGCAGCGGGACCGCUCCAUCCGAGAGAAGCAGAGUGAUGACGAGGUUUAUGCACCAGGUCUGGAUAUUGAGAGCAGCUUAAAGCAGUUGGCUGAGCGACGUACUGACAUCUUUGGGGUAGAAGAGACAGCCAUUGGUAAGAAGAUUGGUGAAGAGGAGAUCCAGAAGCCCGAGGAGAAGGUGACUUGGGAUGGCCAUUCAGGCAGCAUGGCCCGGACCCAGCAGGCUGCCCAGGCCAACAUCACCCUCCAGGAGCAGAUUGAGGCCAUCCAUAAGGCCAAGGGCCUGGUGCCAGAAGAUGACACUAAGGAGAAGAUUGGCCCUAGCAAGCCCAAUGAAAUCCCUCAGCAGCCACCACCUCCAUCUUCAGCCACCAAUAUCCCCAGCUCAGCACCCCCUAUUACAUCAGUGCCCCGGCCACCUGCGAUGCCACCUCCAGUCCGCACCACUGUUGUAUCUGCAGUACCUGUCAUGCCUCGGCCACCCAUGGCAUCUGUGGUCCGGCUGCCCCCAGGCUCAGUGAUUGCCCCCAUGCCACCCAUCAUCCACGCACCCAGGAUCAAUGUGGUACCUAUGCCUCCUGCAGCACCUCCCAUCAUGGCGCCCCGCCCACCUCCCAUGAUUGUGCCAACAGCCUUUGUGCCUGCCCCACCUGUGGCUCCAGUCCCAGCCCCAGCUCCAAUGCCUCCUGUACACCCCCCACCUCCUAUGGAGGAUGAGCCUCCAUCCAAGAAACUAAAGACCGAGGACAGUCUCAUGCCCGAGGAAGAAUUCCUGCGCAGGAACAAGGGUCCAGUAUCCAUCAAAGUGCAGGUACCCAACAUGCAGGAUAAGACGGAAUGGAAGCUGAAUGGUCAGGGUCUGGUCUUCACUCUCCCACUCACAGACCAGGUCUCUGUCAUCAAAGUGAAGAUUCAUGAAGCCACGGGCAUGCCUGCGGGGAAACAGAAACUACAGUAUGAAGGCAUCUUCAUCAAGGAUUCCAACUCCCUGGCUUACUACAACAUGGCCAGUGGUGCUGUCAUCCACUUGGCCCUCAAGGAGAGAGGCGGCAGGAAGAAGUAGCAAGAGAUACUGCAAUUGAAACCCUGCCAUUGUACCUCUUUCCACCACCAAUUCCAGGAGUUUCCCUGGGGCCUCAGGCACAGCCUGGGCAUUUGUUUCCCUCUAAGCCAGUCUACGGAAUGAAUAUCUUGUUUCAAUUCUGGAUUGGAGGUCCUUCAAGGAAGUCCAUUAGGAGUUGGAAACCCAGUGUUGUCCCACAGGACAGUUUCACACUAUCGAAUGAUGCUUAGCUAAUAGAAUAUGGUUAAUGCCAUUCAUCAUUUUGUAUCAUGCUUUGGUUUCUUGAAGCCAGGCAUAGUACAUGCAUGCCUGUGAUCCUGGGACUUGGGAGGUGCGGGCAGAAGAAUUAAAUGUUCAAUGUUCACCUCGGCUGUAUAGCUUGAGGCCAGACUGGGCUGUGUGAGAUACUGUGGGGUUUUUUUGUUGUUGUUGUUUUGUUUUUUUUUAAUUAAAAACUGAACACUUCUUGGACCUUCAUGGAAGCAGUUUGUCCCUGCCAUCCACAGACUGGCUUAGAAAGCUCUGCCAUUCUUACCUCUGCAGGGAUGGCUAGUGCACAACAACUCUCCUAGGGACAAGGGUGAAAUUCCAAGUCGAUUAAGAGGGAAACAAUGGAUCGCUGAGCUUUGGGGUCUCUGCAGUCUUGAUGUUUAUAUAUACAUUGGUGCUGCUGAGCUUUGGGGUCUCUGCAGUCUUGGUGUUUAUAAUAUGUUUUUGCUGCCAUCGUGCCUUUCAAGUACUUCUAAAGCAUCGUGGCUGGGAGAUGCCUUGGUGAGUACAGUGCUUAUGGUGCAAGAACUGAUAUAAGAGCCACCAGAACACAGCCACUGCUACCCUGUGACAAGACAGGCAGAGUCAUCCUAGCAGGCCAGUGAAUGAGAAAGACCUGGAAGGCCAGGUGGAAAGCAAGGGCGAACACCUAUGGCUGUCUUCUGGUCUCCACGUGUUUGCCUCAGCAUAGCUUUAUAGAGAUACAUACGUUUCAUAUUUGUACAUUUUAUAUUUGUAAAGCUUCAGGACCCUCCAGCAUGCAGUAGCCAUAGAACAAGGAUCAGUAGCUUUUUCCAUGCCUCAAAUCACCCAUCACUUGAAAGGCAUAGCAGUUUUAGUGGUUUGCUCUAGGGUGGGCAAAGGCCGUUCAUUACUAUGUGUGUGGUUAAUUGUGCCAAAUCCACAUACUGACCUAAGGGCCUUGUAUCUAGUUUACUACUACUGUGUUUUAUUUGGUAUUUUUGUUUUUCUUUGGUUUUGAUAUAGCUCCGCUGGAACUUGCUAUAUAGAUUAGGCUGGUUUUGAACACUUCAAGGUCACCCUGCUUCUCUGCCUCCCAAGUACUGGAAUUAAAGGCAUGGACCGUCAAGCUUGACACUGCUUCCUGUUGAAGCACUUGUGUAGCA